AUGGUUGGUUUUGUGGUAUCUGCGAAUGACCUAUACUGGGAAGGCGAAGAGGAUGCGUCCAAUGAAUUCCUGGAAGUUAAACAUGAAGACUCAUCACUCCUCGGCGGCUUGAGCAGAACGAAACGGCAAUGGUUUGACUCUUGGUGGUCUGCUCCGAAGAAAGAGGAAGAAGCAGAGACGGUCACGGAGGCUGAUCCCAAUGACAAUGCAAGUUAUGGAAAAGAUGAUGCUGACGUCGACGUCGGAUCCGGAGCACCGGAUAAGAGCGAGUUAGAGCCUAAAGAAAAGACUCUUCGUGUCACCUUCUUGGUCAUGGAGCCGUACAUCACGGCAUACUCCAACAGGGACUCGCCUGAGUUCCUGAACAUCUCGCGAUCGUUAGCUAAUGCUGUUGAUCUGCUUUUCGAAAGUCUGCCUGGAACCCAGCGCUCAAGCCUAGUCAGGAUACAAUCCCUCGUCAACGAUGAUUUCCUAUGCAAGGUCACUUUGGACAUCGUGACAACCAGAAAUGAAGAUACGGACACCAUCAAAGAGAUACUUAGGAAUCACAUCAAGAAUAAUGGACGCUUGGGUGAAACAUCUGUCAGAGAUGGAGACUUCAGCGCUCAAGUGAUCGACCCAGGUACAACGUUAGAAUGUGAUGAAAACGAAUUCACGUGCGACGAUAAUGUCUGUUUACCACUCUCAGUUAAAUGCGACAAGCAUGCUGAUUGCAAAGAUGGCACAGACGAACUCGACUGUCCUGAGACAACUGAAGCAGCGACGACCAAGGAACCUGAAGACGACUACGAUGAUAGAGAUGAUACAUUUGACAACCUAAAUAAUUAUGAUCAGUACUCGUCUCCAUCAGACUAUCAGACGAAUUAUAGCCAACCUGGCGUCACCGAUAGCAGUCCAUAUGAAUCAGCGGUUCCAAUUUCAGCAAUACUGCCUACUAGUACAACUACCGCAUCUCCAGAUGACUAUUAUCAAAGUAAUAGAGGAGAUUUAGGAAAUGCCGAUUCAUCUAUUGCCUGCCCCCCAACCUACAUUCGGUGUGACGUCAUGCGCUGCAUUGAACCGAACCGCGUCUGCGAUGGAGCCAGCGACUGCACUGAUGGAACUGAUGAAGCCAACUGCCCCAACCGUAAGUACCUUCUCAUUUACAGGUCUAUCAUCGAAGACUUGAGCAGAAAGUUCUUGAAAGGACUAUGA